AUGGAUUUUUCGUCGACGAAACUGUGAAAAAUCAUCAUCAAAUUCUUCUCACGGAUUUUCCAAUAGAAGGGUCUUCUUCAAUACCUCCAUGGAUCCCAAUUCCCGAGCUUGUUUCUUUCUUCUAAAUACAAGUGGGAUUUUGGUUAUUGGGAAUUUUGGAGAGAAACAAUAGUUAUUAUCAGAGGACCCUUCUGAAUUGUCUUUCUCAUUCCUUUGCAAUUACAAUAAUGGGGAAUAUUAUGAGGGAAGAAAUAAUGAGCCUGGAUUUGAACCAAGAGCCUUUGAGCCAACCCCAGAAUUCAGUUAUUGGACAGAUCGAGGAAUUUGUGAUCACACAUGGAGUGGUUGAAGAAAGGGUUAGAGAGACAGAGGAGGUUGACUCCGGACCACCAAUUGUUCAUGUAGGAGCUUUAGCACAUGUAUCCGCGGAUACCCGGAACGAGGGAGGGUUGUUUAGUGGGGAUAAUAACUCCAUUGAAGCUCAAGAAAGAGUGAUUGGGGAUGGAAAAUCAAACAAAAUGAAUGGUGCCCAUUUAAUUGCCAAGGCACUUGGGAUAGAAUCAGAUAAGGUUGUGGCUGGAUGCCCAGAAAAGGGUGGUUUUUUCGAUUGUAAUGUCUGCUUUGAUAUGGCCGUGGAGCCUAUACUAACAUGUUGUGGUCAUUUGUUUUGUUGGCCUUGCUUCUACAACUUGCCUUAUGAUCACUCGGAUGUGAAGGAGUGCCCUGUUUGUGGAGGAGAAGUGACGGAUGCGGGUUUGGUUCCAAUUUACGGGAAUGGUGAUGGGAACUGCCCUCGUAAGCCGAAGGACUCAGGAUUGUGGACUCCUCCUAGGCCACGGGCUCAGAGGGUUGAGAGCGUGAGGCAGAAUCAUGCUAAUCGAGGGCGGAUUGAGGAAAGGAUUCUGCGGCUUACUGACAUGAUUGGAAGGAUUGGAGAGAGAACUAGCUCAUUGGCUAGCCAGAUCCGCACAUCUCAGCCAUCGCCUUCCAACGAAUCGUCUGCCAACCAAUACCGCGAUGCCGUUAGGAUUUCCAGGCUGGUGCUGAGAGCCGCUUCCCUUACUUCCCUUUCGUCAGCGCUGAAUUCUGCAGCGGAUCCCGAAGAAAGGUUGGCCGAUGACCUAGAGGCAUAUAGCAAUGAUCAUGCGGGAAGAAGCAGCAACAACAAUCAACAAUCUCUGCAUGUUGAUGCGUUCGCCGAUGCAGCUUCGGUGUUUGCUUCUACUGCCCUAGCAGAUAGCGAAAGCUCCGAUAUUGCAGCUGGAAGUAGCUCCGCAUCGCUUCAUUCGGUUUUGUCUCUUGGGCUUGACAUCAAUUCUCCUGUUCCUGGAUCAGAAAAUCAGACGGCUAAUAGAGAAAUCGAAGAAACAGAGUUUUCUUCGUCUGCUUCUCGGACAACCCCUGUUGCUCGAAGAGUUCCUGAUGAUGAAAUUCAUGGAGUUCAACGUGAAACUAGAAGGAGAAGGUUGAGAAUAUAAAUUCAAACAGGUACAUCACAUUAAAAAGCUGAAUUAAGGACUAUCCAAAAGUUGAGCACUCCUCUGAAACAUAAACACUCGAAGCCUUGAUAGAUUCGAUUGGCUACGAAUCAUGUUCCAACAUUUGAGUACUCCAACACCGUCGCAACUUCUUUCAUUGUAGGUCACUCCUCUCCAUUCAAAUCCAAACAUCUCCUUGCAAGGUUUGCAACAACCAUCAUUUAUUCUCUUGAGUCCUUCAGAACUUCAUUAUCAAGUAUUUCAAACAAAAGACCCUGCUCCGUUGAAUCCAUGAAGAAUGUUACCAAACUUCUUCCUGUUUUUCAUCCUGUUACAUGAACCACCUUUUCUCCGGUCAAAAGCUCAACCAGAACAAUACCAAA